AUGAACCCCAAACCCUCCGAGCGGCCCAUGUGUCAGACGGGCACGUGGGUUCGUGGCUCCGCGUCGCCUUCGCCCAGCGAUGGUGGCCAUCAGCGCGAGCGAAAGGAACCGCCCAGCUUCUUCAUCGAGCGGCUACUCGGCGUAUGGUCCGGGUCCGGAUCGUCCGGACGAAAGCUGGAAGACCGCGAUCCGGAACCGCGACCAGUCGCUGUUCCGGAUCUGCCUACGACCCGAUUCCGAUCGACUCCCGGUACGACGACCACGUCCUCUUCGUCCUCUCCGGUGACCAGCUCCGGCUCGUACAUCGAGUGUCUCGAGUUCGGAGAGGACGAGAAAGAGCCGGCAGGCCCGGGUUCAAGAAGCCCAGGCCGAGCACCGUUGUUAACCACACAUUCAACCACACCGCUACCGCCAGCGCCGCCGCCGCUGCGGACCACCGUUCAAAUGCCGCCCAGUUGCGGUGAAGACUUCCGGGACUUUCGGACGUACUCGAGCGCGAACGCCAUCGCCAGCUGGCUGUACCAGAAGCAGCACCAGCAGCACCAGCACCAGCACCAGCACCAGCAUGGUACCUCGCGGACCAUUCGGGAGUGGCAACUUCGCCAGCUGGACCUGGACGCGGUGCCCAAGGAAGCACCGUACGGUGGUGCACUGUACGGAUCCAAGAUCACCAAGCGCUACCGGAAGCAGAACCGUGAUCGAAAGCCCCGGCAGGCGUAUACGGCGGUGCAGCUCGAGCGGCUUGAGGAGGAGUUCAAGAAGGACAUCUACGUGAGCAUCAGCAAGCGAUCGGAGCUGUCCCGUUGUCUGAACCUCACCGACACGCAGGUGAAGACCUGGUUCCAGAAUCGGCGGACCAAGUUCAAGAAGCAGACCCACUCGCGCAGCAAAAUGCUCGAGCGGACGAUGCACGCCCGGAUGCAGCACGCGGACAGUAUGCGCCGCUGGCUGCUCCAGCCUCCGUUUGGUGGCGGCGGCGGAGGUGGUGGAGCUGGUGACGGGAGCUUCCAGGUCGUACCGACCGGUAUGAUCUACAUCCCGCGUACCGGGCACGCCCACGCGAGCCUAGCGACACUCGUACCGCCCCGGCUGCCGCCCGCCAGGUACAUGGCCCUGGCCGGGUCCUACUACUCCGGCUCCCCGCAACACCCUCCCCAACGUGCCUUGCCGACGUUACUGAUCGGAGCAUCCGUGGUGGCAGCAGCAGCUGCAGCAGCGGCAGCAGCAGCAACAGCAGACGAGCCAGUCGCCACCAGCCACCAUCUCCUGCGACCAAACCAAAGCCACCUGGCGGCGGCUGUCGAGUGUGCGGGCCCCCCCGAACCCCCAAAAGUCUCGCCGUCGCCAGACACGACACACUGA